GCAUUCAGUAAUCUCCAAACCGUUUCAGUGAACCGUCGCAAGAAACCAAAUAUAAUUUUCAAAAUGAAGACUGUUUUCGCUGUCUUCUCAUUCUGCUUAGUAGGAGCCAUGGCUAGCAUCACUGAUGAACAAAGGGCUAAGCUUCAGGAGUACAAGACCAGCUGUGUUGCCGAAACUGGUGUUGAUGCAGCUGUGGUGCAAAAUGCUAAAGAGGGAAAUAUCGCCGAAGAUGAUGAGAAAUUAGCUUGUUUCUUCGCUUGUUUGCUGAAAAAGAUUGGCAUCAUGAAUACUGACGGAACGAUCAACGAAGAAGUAGCUCGUGCAAAAAUCCCAGUCUCAGUGCCAAAGGACAAAGCUGAUGAAGUUAUCAACAAGUGCAAACUUCUAAAGGGAGCCACCGACUGUGAAACUGCAAAGAAAGUUAUGAAAUGCUACGGAGAGACCAAGACUUUCUCCAUUCUUAAUUAAAAGUGUAUUAAAUAUCAAUAGUUUAAGAAUUAUGUUUGUACGUGGAAACUUUGACUGAAUAAAAAAAAACCUUUAAUAG